AUGCGCUACGAUAUUGCUCAUAGACGUAAUAUAUGGGAAAAUAGAUUGAGUAAUGGAGGGAUGGCUGAUGUAGGCACUUUAGACAAGAAGUUACUUGAACAAGCAGAGAGAGACGCAAAGCACUUUACUGAUUAUAAUUACGUCGAUAACCCAUACACGUUCGGCGGACCUAUGCAACAUACCAGCCCAAUUGAUGGAAACGUUUACCCAGAAAACAGUUCUUGGGAUACAGCAGGUGCCUUUGUAGAUACACAUGCAGAUAUGUUAACAGGUAAAAAUUUACCGGUAUGGAAUAGUCACCCUGUAGCUGAAAGAUCAAGUGGAGCAAUAAGGAAACCUAAGGGUUAUCAUGCUCAAGGUCAAAACUUUGACCCAAACUAUCACAAGAAACAACACUUUCAUGCAAAGCAAAAUAAUAACUUCAGUAUGAAUACCCAACAUUUUAGACAUAAUAGUAAUAGUCACCCGUACCAAAACAAUCAAAUUUACCAUAAUAAUCAAAGUCGAAACAGUCAGACCAAUUUUCAAAGCGGAAGAGGUGGGUAUCAUGCGUAUAAUCAAGGCAGUGGAAGAGGUGGUUAUCAAACAUUUGGAAGCGAACGACCAGCAAUCGGUCCGAAUAGUUUCAACCGGUUGACGAUUGAAGGAAAUCAAUCAAGAAAUCAAAGUAAAAGUGCUGAUCCUGUUGUACCGGUAGUGCCUGGAACUAAGUGA